AUGGCUGCUGUGAAAAUGCUUGCGCUGUUGAGCGCAGUCUGCAUCCUCACAGCCGUGGCCGAGGAAGUUGCGAAGCUGUCACUUGGCGACUGGCAUGUCUGUGCGAUGGGCUCACAAGGCUCCGUUAAAUGCUGGGGGAACAACGGCAAUGCUCAGUUGGGGCAGGGGGACGACGUCAGAAGAGGUGAUGGCGCGAACGAGAUGGGCAAGUCUCUGCCGACCAUUGAUUUGGGGACAGGACGACAUGCUCUCGAAGUGAACUCGGGGGCUAGCCAUAAUUGCGCCAGGCUGGACGAUGGUCUCUUGAAAUGCUGGGGUUAUGGCCAUCUAGGUCGGCUAGGCUAUGGAGACCAGGUGCAAAGAGGAGGUAACAGUGAUGAAAUGGGGGACUUCCUCCCCACCGUGGAGCUCGGAACAGGGCGUACCGCCGUGCAGCUAGCCUUGGGUUACGAGUUCAGCUGUGCAGUCUUGGACAACGCCUCGGUAAAAUGCUGGGGACAAGGUGGAUAUGGUCAGCUGGGCAUAGGAACCACCUCGAACAUGGGGGCCGGGAGCAGUGAGAUGGGAGACCACCUCCCACCAGUCGACCUAGGUACCGGUAGGACGGCAGCUGAUGUGACCGCCGGCUCAUACUUUGCCUGCGCACGCCUUGACGAUAGCUCCCUCAAGUGCUGGGGCCACGGUGAGUAUGGCCAGCUCGGGAUCGGGAGCAAUUCGUAUACGGUUGGGAGGGUCAGCGGCGAGAUGGGAGACAAUCUCCCAACUGUGGACCUUGGAACAGGCCGCACCGCCGUCGAGCUGAGCGCCGGAGUAUUUCACGCAUGUGCGAGACUCGACAAUGGCUCUGUAAAGUGCUGGGGGAGGAAUAACAACAACCAGUUAGGCCUGGGCUUUGCCACCUCGAUUAACAUGGGAGACGAUGCGAACGAGAUGGGAAAUUAUUUGCCCCCAGUCGACCUCGGCACGGGCAGGACAGCGGCAGAACUGUCAUCAGGAAAAUAUCAUACUUGCGCCCGCCUGGAUGAUGGCACCAUCAGAUGCUGGGGCAAGAACGAGUAUGGCGAACUCGGCCACGCAGGCACCCUGCCCAGCAACGUAGAUCUCGGAACCGGCAGAACUGCGGUCCACGUGGCCGCAGGUGGCUAUGUUACGUGUGCACUCCUGGACAACCAGGAAACAAAAUGCUGGGGAGGAAACACUUUAGGCAUGUUGGGCCUUGGUGACACCCAAGACAGGGGAAAAUCGAGCAGCGACAUGGGUUCUGCCACCAGCUCCACUGCCGCCACCGACGAGGCCAGAGAGGCGCUUCAACAGUUGGACUGA